CUCUUUCUUUCAUUUCUUUAGUGGGAGACAUCCCUCUUUGAAAUAGUGUUCUCAUUCAUCUCCUGAAGCAUCCGAAUCUGGCUUUUUGGUUUCCAGAGCCAUGGCAACAGAAGAGAAAAAACCUGAUGCGGAAUCCACCAAAGCACAAUCUACUCCUUCCUCCUCAACCAAUCAAAGCAAGCCUGCCCCUGUAAAACCAAACUACGCCUUGAAGUUCACAUUGGCAGGACACACAAAAGCUGUCUCAUCAGUAAAAUUCAGCCCCAAUGGGGAGUGGCUGGCCAGUUCUUCUGCUGAUAAGCUUAUUAAAAUUUGGGGAGCUUAUGAUGGCAAAUUUGAGAAAACGAUAUCUGGCCACAAACUGGGAAUCUCUGAUGUUGCUUGGUCAUCAGAUUCCAACCUUCUUGUCUCUGCAUCUGAUGAUAAAACUCUAAAAAUUUGGGAUGUGAGCUCGGGCAAAUGCUUAAAGACACUGAAGGGGCACAGCAACUAUGUCUUCUGCUGCAAUUUCAACCCCCAGUCGAACCUCAUUGUCUCCGGCUCGUUUGACGAAAGCGUGAGGAUAUGGGAUGUGAAGACGGGGAAAUGCCUCAAAACGCUGCCUGCGCAUUCGGACCCUGUUUCAGCUGUACAUUUCAACCGCGAUGGUUCUCUGAUUGUGUCCAGCAGCUAUGACGGCCUCUGUCGGAUCUGGGAUACAGCUUCCGGCCAGUGUUUGAAAACGCUGAUUGAUGAUGACAAUCCUCCUGUGUCUUUUGUAAAAUUUUCUCCUAAUGGCAAAUACAUUCUAGCAGCAACUCUGGACAACACUCUCAAGCUUUGGGACUACAGCAAAGGAAAGUGCCUAAAAACAUAUACUGGCCACAAGAAUGAGAAAUACUGCAUAUUUGCCAACUUCUCCGUUACUGGCGGAAAGUGGAUCGUGUCUGGGUCAGAAGACAACCUGGUUUACAUCUGGAACCUCCAAACGAAAGAGAUUGUACAGAAGCUGCAAGGACACACAGAUGUUGUGAUCUCGACAGCCUGCCACCCAACAGAGAACAUCAUUGCCUCAGCGGCCCUAGAAAACGACAAAACAAUUAAACUUUGGAAGAGUGACUGUUAAGCGCUUUUGACAUCACUUGAGAGACUGCGGGGGAGUGUGGAAAUUGGGGGGGGGCAUAUUUUGUGUUUGUGUUUUUUUUAAAAAAAAAGCCACGUGAGAACAUUUCGACCCCAUUUGACAAGAAACCUGCAGCAGCCUUCCAGAGUUUGCUCUCGCCCUUGGCCCUGGUCUUCCUCCUCUGGGGGUCAGAGGGGGCCUGUCUCCUCGGCUGCCUUGCCUGCCACAGGGUGGGGGCGGGGGUUCCUUCCAGGGCACAUCUCCCUUCCACUGGGACCCCCAGAGUUUAACUGCUCAGAGGAAGGGGGCUGCCCCUCUGCUUGUUUCUCAUCUCUGGCACAUCAUGAACUUGGAAAUAAUCCAGAUCUCUUUAUUUUUUUGUUUACAGAAAGUAGGCCUUGGUCAGUCUCAUUUUAGAUAGGGGAGUUAUGUGAGUUAAGAUGCCUCAUACUUUAAAAACAUAUUUUUAACAUGACCAAAUGAGAGUGCUUUGUGGUUUGGCUGUUGCUUUCCCUCUUUGGUUCACCUUCUUGCCCCAGCCUGGGGCUUGUGCUGCUUCCCUUUCCUGGGGUGCCGAGAGAUGCUCCUGCAGCGAGUCUUUCAGGAUUCUUCUCCUUUCAUUGUUCAAAAACCCACAGCCCUGGCUUGUAGUUAUUGUACCUUUUUUACUUUUUAAACUCAUUCUGGCAAAUUUCAGAAUAUUUGUACAGUUACUUCAAUGUAAAAAAAAAGCAAAACCCUAAAGUUUUUUUAUCUUGAAAACUUCAUUGUAAAAACUUGUAUUUGCUAAUGGUAUGACUGUAUCUUUUGUGCCAUUGGUAUUCCUCUCCCUCCUCCCCCCCCUUGGUAUCUUACACAUCAGUACUGGUUACCAUGUGCCAUAAUAAAAGGUGGGAUUUUAUGUGGAUAGCCAGAA